AUGGAGAUUGCCAAAGAGAUUGAAGCAGGUCUCGGAUCCACGAAUCCCGAUCCUCAGCAGUCCUCCGCACCACAACCCUCCUCGACUGCAAUUUAUACUCUCGAUUCUCCUAUCCUGAAAACCCUGUAUUCCUGGCCAGAUCUUGAACCGACAAGAUAUGCGUGGUACGAACAACAGUUUCUCGACGCCCCUAUGCGAAGGGAUAUCCUCCAUCGCGCGGUGGUCUUCGAGGCCGACGCCAGUAGACAGGGCACAGCCAGCACGAAAUGGCGAUAUGAUGUCCAUGGCAGCAAUCGCAAGCUAUAUGCACAGAAAGGAACAGGCAGAGCCCGUGUCCGAGACAAGAAAUCCCCCAUACGACGAGGUGGAGGUGUGGCUUUCGGGCCAAAGCCGCGAGACUUUUCUACCGAACUCCAGCGCAAGGUCUAUUACCAGGCAUUCAAGAUCGCGCUGAGCUACCGACAUAGGAAAGGUGAAUUGACGGUUCUAGACAACCGAAUUGCCUUGCCAGAAGAUACGGGAGCAAGAUUCCUGAACAAUGUCUUCGAAGCCAAUAGCUGGGGCAAAGCCAACGGCAGAAGUCUACUCGUCACCAGCACCCUUGAGUCACAGGAUCCCGAGAUAUUCGAAGAGAUGCAUGAAAUCGGCGAGCAUGGAUUGCUCAAGGAUAUUGAGGAUGUCGAUGUGAAGGAUCUGCUGGAGACUGGCAGGGUGGUGAUUGAGAGAACCGCGCUUGAAGCCUUGUUAGGAAAGCAUCUCAAACUCUUGUCUGGCCCUGAGCGAGAGGCUGAGCGACGUCGGAUUGUACAAUAUUCAUGA